AUGAGAGCACAGCCUCUGGCUGUACUCGUGUCUGCCAUUCCCGUUGCCGUUCUCGUUGCCAUCUUUGUUGCCAUCCUCGUCGCCAUCCUCGUCGCCAUCCUCGUCGCCAUCCUCGUCGCCAUCCUUGUCGCCAUCCUUGUCGCCAAUACCGCCCUUACUGCCAAUGGGCUUAUUUUCUUACACUCAUGCUCAAUGAACCGCCUACACCGCAAUUCAGUUAAGUAUCUCUCGUCGCCAUCCUCUGUGCCAUCCUCUUCGCCAUCUUUGUUGCCAUCCUCUUCGCCGUCCUCGUCGCCGUCCUCUUCGCCGUCCUCUCCGCCAUCCUCAUCGCCGUUGAGCUUCGGCAUUCUCAUCGCCGUCCUCUUCGCCAUCCUCUUCGCCAUCCUCUUCGCCAUCCUCUUCGCCAUCCUCUUCGCCAUCCUCUUCGCCGUCCUCGUCGCCGUCCUCUUCGCCAUCCUCGCCGUCGCCCUCUCAGAACUCCUCAUUGCUUAG